UGAUAUCACUUGAAAAUCUUGGCCAUUUUCUAGACACUCUCAAUAUUGCCUCAGCUAAUAUAAACAAGAAACCAGAACCAGGUUUCUUUAUAGUCUGAAGAAAUUAUACAGUGAUUACUGAAGAAAAAUUGUGGGGUUGGGUUAUAAUUUAAGGGGGAAGAGAAGGGUAUAAGAAAAAAGAGAGAAGAUUUAGUUGAGUUUGUGAAGAAGAUAAGGAGUUUUCAAUCCAAGAGGGGGUUUUGGGGGUGGAGUGUGGGCUAAGUUAUGCGUGCAGGAGCUUGUGCAUUGCAACAGACCCUCUCAUUGGAGGCUGCUUCAGUCUUGAAGCACUCUCUCAGCCUAGCAAGGCGGCGUGGCCACGCUCAGGUCACUCCUCUUCAUGUCGCCGCCACCUUGCUGAGCUCAAGAGUCAGUAUUCUCCGGCGAGCCUGUCUCAAAUCUCAGCCUCAUCAAGCUUCUCAUCCUCUUCAAUGCAGAGCCCUUGAGCUUUGCUUCAACGUGGCCCUCAACCGUCUCCCGGCCACUCCUGGCCCGCUUCUCCACGGCCAGCCUUCGCUUUCCAAUGCACUGAUUGCUGCACUCAAAAGGGCACAGGCACACCAGAGGAGGGGUUGUUUAGAGCAGCAACAACAGCAACCACUUAUAGCCAUUAAAGUAGAACUGGAACAACUUAUUCUGUCAAUCUUGGAUGACCCUAGUGUCAGUCGAGUUAUGAGAGAAGCUGGUUUCUCCAGCACUGCAGUGAAAAACAAUUUAGAGGAUUCUUCAGUUUCAUCCGUAUUUCAGUGUUACAACACCUCUGGUGGGAUCUACUCAACACCAAGCUCUCCUCCAACUGAAACCCACAGAGAACUCACCAACCCCACCAGUUUCUUGCAUUCGCAUUUUCUUUCUUACUCUCCCGAGCCAAACCCUCUUUUCUUUUCCCCUCAAAAGAAACCUUUGAGCAAUUAUUUUUCCGAUGCAUCUCUAUCUUCUUUAAAGGACGACGUAAAGGUUGUUCUCGAUGUUUUCCUGAGGAAGAAACGAAGAAACGCAGUCAUAAUUGGUGAUUCUUUAUCCAUAACCGAAGGUCUCGUUUCAGAACUGAUGAGUAAAAUGGAGCGAGGUGAUAUUCCUGAGGAGAUGAAACCAGCCCACUUCAUCAAAUUCCAGUUUUCAUCAGUACCUGUCAGGCUCAUGAAGAUAGAAGAAGUGAAGAUGAGUAUUACAGACCUGAAAAGGAAGGUUGAAUCUGUAGCACCAGGUGGUGGUGUCAUUAUCUAUGCAGGCGACUUGAAAUGGACUAUUGACCCUGGUUCUGUUGAGAGAGAGCCUAAGGAAGAAUCUGGUUCUAAUCCAGUUGAUUAUUUAGUUGCUGAGAUUGGAAAAUUGAUUUCUUGGUUCAACAAUUCAAGCACAAGGGUAUGGUUAAUGACUACUGCAAAUUACCAGACCUAUAUAAAAUGCCAAAUGAAGCAGCCCCCACUGGAUCUUCAAUGGGAUCUUCAACCAGUUUCUGUUCCAUCUGGUGGAUUAGGAUUGAGUCUCAAUGCUGCUACGAGUUUGAGAGAUUCAAAAAUUAGCUUCUCACCAGUAUUAGAAAAGGAGUCAUUCUCAGGAGUGGAAGAAGAUGUGCUGAAUUGCUGCCCAGAAUGUACCUCCAAAUAUGAAAAAGAAGUUGGCUUCUAUAGCCAGCAGAAAUCUUCUGUGCACUCAAACUCUUGCAAGAACACAGAAAAUGGUUCAGCACAAUUGCCUUUCUGGCUUAAACUGCGUGGCAACGACAAACCCGAGAAGGAUGAUUUGACAGAAUUGAGGAGAAAAUGGAACAGAUUGUGCCAUAAUCUUCACCAAGGGAGGCAUAAUCAGAAUAACAUCAGCUCUAUUGUUAGCAAUCAGGGAUACCUUGGGAGGAAUUAUCCCUACAAUUUAUCAUAUCCGUGUUUUCCAAAUCAGAAUAGCAUCUUUACUGAGUCGAAAUUACUGUCAUUCUCUGAUCCAAUCGUGAAUCCUAAUCAAAGUGUUAGUCCAUUCCCUCGUUUUAGAAGACAGAAAUCGUGCCAUAUCGAGUUUAGUUUAAGCAAUGGAAGUCCCAAACAUCAGUCGGUAGAACCAAAUUUGGAUUCGCUUAAAAGCACGGACAGUAAGGAAGUUAAAAUCACCCUCGGCCUAGGGAAUUCCUUGUUUACUGAUGCAGUAACAAAUGAGAAAACGGAAUUGCGUAAUGUGUUGGAAGGAAAUGUGCCUUGGCAAUCAGAAGCCAUCGCUUCCAUUGUAGGAACACUGAUGGAUUCUAGAGGAGUAAACGAAGAUACAUGGUUAUUUAUUCAGGGAAAUGACUCAAUAGGAAAAAGAAGACUGGCUGUUGGAAUAGCACAAUCAAUGUUUGGUUCUUCUGACUUGCUUUUGUGCAUGAACAUGAGAAAGAAUACGAAUACACCGACUCAGAACCGUGAAAGGCUCGAAAAGGCCCUGAGAAAUCAAGAUAAGAUUGUCAUUCUAGUCGAAGACAUUGAUCAUGCUGAUACUGAGUUGGUUAAGUUUCUUGAUGAACGGUUUGAGACACCGGAUAAGAAAGGGAGAGAUUCUACUCGUGUUGUUUUCAUCUUAACUGAGGGUGAUUCUCCAAGAUAUGAAAAUGCGGACUCUGUAAUUCAGAUGAAACUGGUCGUCAAAGAACCCGCUGUCUCUUCAGGGAUGCCUAAUCUUAAUCACAAGCGUAAAGAGGAAUGGGAUUCGCCUAAUUACAUAACAAAGUGUCCUAGAAACAGUGAAAUGGAAGUUGCCUCUCCAGAGGAUACUGAAAAUGAGAAAAGGGACUUCUUCAAGAAACAGUUAAUCUCCAAUAUCCUCGACCUCAACAUCAAAGCUGACGAGGACGAAGAGAGUGAAGGCAAACUGUUGAGACAGUUCAGCCCCAUUUCAAGUAACUCAACUCGCGAAACAACAAUUUGUCAACAAAUCCCCUUAAGGUUCAUCGAAAAGAUCAAAAACCGUUAUGUUUUCAAUACAAAAUCCGAUCAAGACGAGCAAGUUAGAGAAAUGUUCUUGUCCAAAUUCAAGAGUUCUUUUCAAGAGGCUUGUGGAAAUAAGAACCAGUGUUGUUUCGUCAUGGAGGAAAUGGUGUUGAAAGAAGUUUUGAGAGGGUGUGGCUUAUUCCUAAAUAGCUUAUUUGAACAAUGGCUAAAAGACAUUUUUCAAACAAGCUUGGUAAUGAAUGAUAGUGCAAGUAAAGAGAGUGUUAGCGUUAGGCUCUGUUUAGGAGGGAAAGGAGAGGGGGGUUCUGCAAAGGAUGGAUUCAUGGGCACUUGUCUUCCUAAAAGGAUCCAACUUUGUUUCAUAGGUUAAAAGAUGCUGUAAAAUCCUGUUCUUUAGCAUGUAAUGAAAGUUUUUAAUAGAAUGUCUGGUUUGUUUUCA